CUAUUCUAUCAAAUUGAUAUUAUUUGCAUUGAGGGACAACAAAUCAUGUCCGGCUUAGACAAGUCUCUAGACGACCUUAUCAACGAACAAAAAAAGAAGAGUAAAGGUAACAAGAGUAUUGGAAAGAACAGAAAAGGAAAUUUAGGAGCCUCUAAAAAACUCUCUGUAAGCAACGGAAGAAUUGGAAAAAAGAGAAUGGGAAAGAAAAUGAUGAUGGAUAUAGACCAAGAUAUAAGUGGAAAGCGUUGGAGACAUGAUAAGUUUAAGAGUGGUAAAAGUUCUAGUGGGGACCAACCAAAAAGAAACCAAAUUACGCGUGUACAAGUUACCAACUUGGCACUCGGGGUGACUAACAAAGAUAUCAACGAUCUCUUUUCUGAAGUUGGUAAAAUGCGACAAGCCUUUGUAAAGUUUGAUAGAAAUGGGCGUUCUACGGGAAUAGCUCAAGUUGUUUUUUAUGACCGUGCUUCCGCAUUGGAAGCCAUCAAACGUUACAAUGGAGUGCCUUUGGAUGGUAAACCUAUGAAGUUGUCUUUGGUGAGUAAUCGUGGUCGUUUGUCUAGGAGAGGAGCACAGAUAGGUGAUGGAGAUAAUAGCCGUCGUAUUAUUAUUACUACAACAGGAAAGAGACGAGGUGGUCGAUGGAGACGCAAAGGAUUGCCUUUGGAUAACAAUGAACGAAUGUUGGAUUAGAGUUGUGUGCCAAUUUGUUUUUUGAUGGAAUGCAUAAACUAUUUUAAGACCGAAAUGAUCGACUCCUGAAACUUGGUUUAUUAGGAUCCACAGGCUUACCAUACUUUAAGCACUUUUUUUUUUGAAAAUAGAAAAGAUGUCGAUGCCAACUUGAGUUUUUUAUACAUAAUAUGUAAUAUCCUGAUUGAUGUUUGGGUUCUUUGUAAAAUUGGUGUACAGAUAUCACAACGAAAAGAUUAACAAGCGACAACAAAUAGAGCGUCGAUUCGAUAUUGUCUACAACAAUCUUCUAAUACUUGAUUCUGCUUUUCAAAAGUAUUUUGAUAUAAGAAAUCGUAAACAAUUUGUUCCAUUUUGUGUAUAGCUUAGAAUGAAAUGAUGGAUGGAUGAUAUAUACCUUUUGCAAGUUUGGAUUCUUCAAACAAGAGAACAUUGAAAAAAUGAAUAUUUCAAGGUAAUCACAAAAACCAUUUGAAGCAAAGACACUUGAGAAUAUGAUUGAAUACGUACCUAUCAUUACCUCUCAAGUAUCCAAGAUGUACAGGUCAACUC